UCCGGGGGCCGCUCUUUCCCCCGGGGGCGGGACUCUGUGGCAGUCCGGGGGCCGCUCUUUCCCCCGGGGCGGGACUCGGUGGCAGCCGGGCGGGCAGGGCCAUGGCGGCGGCGGCGCCGCCGGUGCCCGAGAUCUUCUCGGCGAUGGCGACGGGUCCCGGGCGCGGGGGGGCCGCGGCGGGGCAGGCCUGGCUGGAGGCCCAGGGCCGCAGCCUGGGGCACUUCGUGGCUGGCGCCUGGCUGAAGCCGCCGGGGCGGGAGACGCUGGAGGUCCGCGAGGCCGCCACGGGCCGGCGGCUGGCGUCGGUGCCGCGGGGCGACGCGGAGGACGUGGCGGCGGCCAUGACGGCGGCGGUGGGGGCGGCGGAGGCCUGGGGACGACUCGGGGGUCCCGAGAGGGCCCGGGGCCUGCUGGGGCUGGCGGGGGCGGUGGGGGCGGCGGGGGCAGCGCUGGCGGCUCUGGACUCGCUGCCCUCGGGGCGGCCGCUGGCGGCGACGCGGGACGACGACCUGCCCCUGGCGCUGCGGCUGCUGCGGAGGGCGGCGGCGGGGGCCCAGCUGGGGCGGCCCCGCGGCUGGGGACCCCUCGGGGUGGUGGCCGUCAUCGUCGCCUCCCCCUGCUCCCUGCUGGCCGCGCUCUGGAGGAUCGCGCCCGCGCUGGCCAUGGGCAACGCGGUGGUGCUGCUGCCGCCGGCGGAGGCCCCGCUGGCCCCGCUGCUGCUGGCGGCGCUGGGGGGGGGGGCGCCGCUGCCCCCCGGGCUGCUGAACGUGCUGACGGGGCCCCCGGCGCUGCGCCGCGCCCUGGCCGCCCACCCGGCCCUGGCCGCCGUGGCCUUCGUCGGCCCCCAGGAGGAGGGGCAGGCGCUGCGCAGGGCCGUGGCCGCGGCCGGCCGCCCCCCCCGGCUCUCGCUGGCCCUCGGCGGGCGGCUGCUCGCCAUCGUCCUCGACUCGGCCGACCUGGACGCUGCCGCUGCCGCCAUCGCCGCUGCCGCCGGGGCCCCCCCGGGGCUGGUGCCGGCGGGCGGGUGCCUGGUGCUGGCGCAGGAGGGGGUGGCGGCGGCGCUGGCCCGGCGGCUCCGGGCCCGGCUGGGGGGGCUGCGGCCCGGGGACCCCCUGGACGACGCCAGCGACGUGGGGCCGCUGCCCCCCCCCGCCGCCGGCCCCGAGGAGCUGGUGAGCGAGGCCCGGGCGGAGGGCGCCCAGGUGUUCCAGUCGUCGGCGCCGCUGCCCCCGGGGGGGCGCUUCUACCCCCCCACCCUGAUCACGGGGGUCGCCCCCACCUCGCGCUGCGUCCGCCAGGGGCCCGAGGGCCCCGUCGUGGUGCUCCUGCCCGUCCGGACCCCGGCGGAGGCGGCGGCGGUGGCCAAGGCGCUGCCCCGGGUCUGGGCCGCCGGCGUCUGGGCCGAGGACGCUGCGCUGGCCGCAGGCCUGGCCGCCAGGCUGCGCGUGGGGCUGGUCUGGGUCAACGCCCAGAACCUGCUGGACCCGGCGAGCGGCGCCGGCGGCACCGAGGGCAACGGGACGGGGGACGACGGCGGCCUGGAGGCACUGUAUGAAUUCGGGUGCCCCCCCUGGGAGCUGCCCCCCCCUGCCGGGCCCCCCCCCGGGAUGGAGCCCCCCCCGGACGAUGGCCCCAGCCCAGAGCAGCUGGAGGCCACCAAGGCCGAUGACAUCGCUGCUGACAUCGCUGAUGACAUCGCCGCCGCCGUGGAGGCCGCCCAGCGCGCUGCUGACGGGUGGGGGCGGCGGCCCGGCCCGGCCCGCGCGCGGGUGCUGCAGGCGGCGGCCGAGGCGCUGCGCGGCGACGGCGACGGCGACGGCGACGACGGGGACGAGGGCGACGGCGCCCCCGAGCGGCUGCGCGCGGCGCUGCAGCGCUGGGCGGCGCACGCCGAGCUGGAGCACGGCACCCUCCAGGCGGUGCCCGGCGGCCGCGUGCUGGUGACGCGGGCGCCGCUGGGCGUGGUGGGCGUGGCCUGGGCCGGGCCCCGCCCCCUGCGCGGCGCCCUGGAGCUGCUGCCGGCGGCGCUGGCGCUCGGCAACGCCGUGGUGCUGCUGGCGCCCCCUGGCGGCGCCGCCGCGGCGCAGCGCCUCGCCCAGGCGCUGGCGGCAGGGGGGCUGCCCGGGGGGGCCCUGACGGUGCUGCCAGGGGGGGCCGGGGGCGACAGGGCCGCGCGGGCCCUGGCGCUGUCCCUGCACCGCGGCCUCGACGGGCUCUGGCACUGCGGGGGCGGCCCGGCAGCGGUGGCAGUGGGGGGGGGCUGUGCCCGCACCUGGGCCCCCCCCGGCCCCCCCGAGGCCCCCGGCGCCGAGCGGGACCUGGCGCGACGCCUGAGCCGCCCCCGCUGCCUCUGGGUGCCCGGGGGGGGCCCCGGGCCCUACGCCUGGGCCCCCCCGGACGGCUGGUCCUUCCCGGACGCCUGGGCCCCCCCCCCCGGACGCCUGGGCCCCGGACGCCUGGGCUCCUCCCGGACGUUUGGGUCCACCCCCCCCCCGGACGCCUGGGCCCCCGGACGCCUGGGCCCCGCUCCGCCGCCCCGGCGCCGCUUUCGUUUUCGGCUCGGCGCCGCUCGCAGCCCCGCGGGGCCGGGUCGGGCCGGGUCGGGCCGGGUCGGGCGGCGGCGGCGGCAGCUCCGGGCCCUGCGCGAUGCCCGCGGCCCCCCGCGGCGCCGCCCUGGUAAGUGCCGCCCCCCCCCGGACGCCUGGGCCCCCCCGGACGCCUGGGCCCCCCCGAGCCCGCUCCCCCCCCAGGUCUCGCUGCUGCUGCUCCUGGCCCGGCCCCCCCCCGGCGGCGGCUGCUCCUUCGACUUCGACCCCGUCAGCAGCACCUUCGGCGCCCACCUGGACGCGCUGACGCCCUGGCUGCUGCUGGACUAUCCCGUGGCGAUGCCGGCCAACCUGGAGCCCGAGGGCCCCUGCGCGGACCUGUGGGCGCUGCACUUCGGGGCGGCGGCCCUGGGGCGCAUGGCGGGGGCCGCGGGGGGGGCACUGGCCCCCCUGCUCCACGCCGCCGCCGCCCAGAUCGCCUUCGUGGCCGAGUGCCGCAUCCACGACCCGCAGGGCUGCGUCCGCCUGGAGACCGUCAACGUGUCCCGGCUGCUGGGGGCCCUGCGCCGGCACCUGGGGGCCCUGCGGGGGCGGCCCCCCCACUUCCCCGCCUGCGACCGCCUGCGCUGCCGCCCAGGCACGGUGACGGCCUCCCCGCUGGCGGAGCAGGAAGGGGCCCCGGCGUCCGGGCCAGCCCCCGGCCCCCACGGCCACGGGCUGGUGCUGCUGGGGGGGCUCGGGGGGGUCCUGGGCCUGGCAGCGGCCGCCCUGCGACCAGCGGACCCAGGCGUCCGAGCCCGAGGGGACAAGAGCGGCCGGCGCCCGGCGAGGAAACGGCCCAGGCAGCGGCGCCCUCGGGAGCGGGGCAGAGCCCGGCCCGGCGCGGCCGGCGGGAUGACGGAGUACAAGCUGGUGGUGGUGGGCGCCGGCGGCGUGGGCAAGAGCGCGCUGACGAUCCAGCUCAUCCAGAACCACUUCGUGGACGAGUACGACCCCACCAUCGAGGACUCGUACCGGAAGCAGGUGGUCAUCGACGGGGAGACCUGCCUGCUGGACAUCCUGGACACGGCCGGGCAGGAGGAGUACAGCGCCAUGCGCGACCAGUACAUGCGCACCGGCGAGGGCUUCCUCUGCGUCUUCGCCAUCAACAACGCCAAGUCCUUCGAGGACGUGCACCACUACAGGGAGCAGAUCAACCGGGUGAAGGACUCGGACGACGUCCCCAUGGUGCUGGUGGGCAACAAGUGCGACCUGCCCUCGCGCACCGUGGACACCAAGCAGGCGCAGGAGCUGGCGCGCAGCUACGGCAUCCCCUUCGUGGAGACCUCGGCCAAGACCAGACAGGGCGUGGAAGACGCCUUCUACACGCUGGUGCGGGAGAUCCGGAAGCACAAGGAGAAGAUCAGCAACGGGCGCAAGAAGAAGAGCUCCCGGCGGAAGUGCGCGAUCCUCUGAGGGCCGCGGGCGCCCCAGCGGCACCGCCCCCUCCCGCCGCCCCGCACCGGACUGCCGGCCGCCCGCGGCGGGGCCUCGGCGGGGUCCCCGGGACGCACUCGCCCUCGGCGCCGGGCGGAUCCGGCCCCUUGGCGCCGCGCUGC